AUGGGACCGCCAGUCGGUAACCCACCGGGAAACUCUUCCGAUAACCCAAUUUCAGAUCUGCCUCCAUCUACAGUGGUCGGAGAAGGUAGCUCUUAUGCUAACACUCUCUCAACGACUUCGAAUCCUGUCACAAGAAGCAAUUCUUCCACAACAAAUGUUCAAAUUCAAAAAGCUAGAAGAACAGUGCACAAUGGCCUCCCUGCUCUAGUUUUCAAAACCAAGGCAUACUACGGAGUCAUGGCGAAUCCUUGCAGACGCACGAUAGUGGGGAGAUUUUUAAAGUCCAGACCUCAGAUUGACACCAUAAGAUCGAAGUUUGAUGAGAAAUUUGCUGUGAAAGGUACGGUCAAAAUUGGGGUUUUCGACAAUUUUAACAUAUUCCUUACUUUCAAUAACGAUGAGGAUUACAAUGUUAUAUUAUACAAGAGAGUUAUUGAAAUAGAGGGUUACCAAAUUUGGUUACAAAAAUGGACUCCAAGUUUUAAGCCGGAGGAAGAUAUUCCAAUUGUUCCGGUUUGGGUAUUACUUCCAGGUUUGCCUUUUCAUAUGCACAAUUGGGAUUAUGCCAAACAGAUUGCUUCUGUACUAGGUACGCCGAUUGAGCUUGAUGCUGCUACUAAAACGAUGAAUAGACCUAGCAUGGCUAAAAUAAGGGUCGAAAUUGACUUGAUGAAACCUAUUAUUCAUAAUGUUUGGAUAGGGACAGAGGAUGAAAAUGAUCCGCUAAAAGGGUAUGUACAAAAAGUGGAAUAUGAGAAUAUACCUAAAUACUGUAAACAUUGCAAGAAGUUGGGUCAUGCUCUAAGUGAAUGUCGUGUCAUGGUUAAGAUAAGAGAAAGUGAACAAAAGGAGGCUGAGAGAGUCAAGCAACAUAAUGAAAGCCAAAUCGCAAAGAAGACUGGGAAAAAAGAUGAGAUAGAUAACAAAAAAGAAACUCAGGAUAGGGGUCGAAAGAUGAAUGAGCAAAGGGAGCAAGUGAAAACAAGAAAUAGAGGUAGAAGUGAGCCUCCCAAAAUGUUUAAACCAACUGGUGCUGUGUUUGGAAUUGACAAACCUAUGCCAGUAUCAGAAAGGCAAAAUAAGAAAGGAGUCCAAGAUGAAGAGGGAAACAAAGAGCAAAGCAUAAUUGUGGAAAGAAAUGAAAAUCAGGAGGCUGUUGGUACACCAGCAGAGGAAAAUAUGAAUCUGGAAAAAAAUGUUGAGCAACAGCAGGAAAGAAAUGUGGAGGAUAUGUCGAAAAACUCGAGAAAUAGGUACAAAGAGGAUCAGGGGAUACAAAAGGAAAAGGCCAAAGGGAAAGAGUCUAAUGAUAAGACAAACAGCCCUCAGGAAACACAGACUUUCAUGAUCAAUGAUGACAAAGAAUUAGAAGUGAUCCUAUUUGAAGAAGGAUGGGAACCUGCUGUUAGCAAAAAGAAACAAAGGAGCAGAAGUAAUAAAUCCAAAGAAAAAAGACAACCAAGUGAGCAAAAGGAGAAGAAACAUGAGAUGACUAUUACACAAAACAGCUUUGAUGAACUAUUGCAAGAAGAAGACAAUGUGAAUCUAAAGGUGGAUAUUAUUGCUGAGGCUUCAAAAAGAGAUCAACAGAAUGAGGAAAACAUGAAAGAUCAGGAGAAAGUAGAUGAAUGGGCAGAGACGUCUUCUACUGAAGAUGAAAAUACAUCUGAAGAUGAGGAUGAAGAGGACAACCUUUCAGAAGAAGGAGAAGACAGUGAUUCAGAGAAAUCUGAAGAAGAGGAGAAAGAACAAAAACAGGAGACUCUUAAGGACACUAAUAAUGAGAAAGCUAGCAAUGAAAAAGAAGAUCCCGAAGGGGCAGAGAACAAGAGAAAGAAAAAAGAGAAAGUGGAAAGACAAGUGAGAAUAACACCUAUCACAAGAAACCAAAAAAAGUAUACACAAAAAUCUGUUGUAACCCCUACCAAUGAUUAA